AUGCUAUCAGACUAUCUCGUCAUCCGGCGCCAGACACUCAAGCUCUGCGACCUAUAUAAAGGGGACUCAUCAUCCAUAUACUGGUACUGGCACGGGUUCAAUUGGCGUGGGGCUGUCGCCUUUACCGCCAGUAUAUGGUCUCAAAUACCUGGACUGGUCGUAUCAGUCAACAAAGACAAAUCUCCAGCCAUGCAAGGCUGGAUGAAAUUGUUCAAUAUCACAUUCUUCGUUGGUCUGGCUAUGGGGUUCACCUGGAUGACUGUUCUGUCAUACCUCUUCCCACCACCAGGCCUAGGCGUGGAAGCCCCCUUCGUGGAAGGAUGCCACCCAAGUCACAAACCGAAAGCAGCCCAAGAAGUUGAAAAGGCGUCACGCGAGGACCCCUAUCCUGUAUCCGCACCGGAGCCUUGUUGAGCGUUGCUAUCCGGCUCUCCUGUAUGUAUGAUUGACAAAUAAUUUCGUAUCCACGGAGUUCACUCCCUGCAGGAUGGUAUAUAUGUAUGAAUAUGAAUGGCGUUGAGCGGCAUCUGUCCGUCGCCACCUGUCCUCGCAUAUCUGACAUCAUAUGCAGAGAGUCAUAUUAGUUACGGGGCAGCUUCUUUGCUCCCUAUAUCGUCUUUUGCUACACAAUGACAGGAAGGUGUAGGGGGUAGCGAACUGCUGAAUGCACCAUGCAACCUGCACCACGUGACUCUUUUCUUCCGAAAGGACCCGAUCCUCUCUCCUAUUCUCCAAU